AUGUCUGCUGCGGAGGUGGGGGGUGUUUUCCAUAGAGCCCGGGGCAGGACCCUGGAUGCAUUUUCCGCAGAAAAGGAAAGGGAAUGGAAAGGCCCAUUCUACUUCAUCCAAGGUGCAGACCCACAGUUUGGACUGAUGAAGGCCUGGUCUACUGGGGACUGUGCCAGAGGUGGUGAUGAAUGGGAGCAGGAGAUCCGUCUGACUGAACAAGCUGUCCGAGCCGUCAACAAGCUGAACCCCAAACCCAAGUUCUUUGUUCUGUGUGGUGACCUUGUUCAUGCCAUGCCAGGAACACCUUGGCGGAAGGAGCAGACGGAGGACCUACAGCGGGUGCUUAAGGAUGUUGACAGGGAGAUACCCCUGGUCCUUGUCAGUGGCAACCAUGACAUUGGCAACGUCCCCACAGCUGAGUCCAUUGCCGAGUUCUGCCAGACUUGGGGAGAUGACUAUUUCAGCUUCUGGGUCGGGGGCGUCCUGUUCCUUGUCCUCAACUCCCAGUUCUUCUACGAUGCCUCCAAGUGCCCUGCCCUGAAGCAGGCCCAGGACCAGUGGCUGGGCGAGCAGCUGAGCAUCGCAGGGGAGCGCAGGUGCCAGCAUGCCAUCGUCUUCCAGCACAUCCCGCUGUUCCUCCAGAGCAUCGACGAAGAUGAUGACUACUUCAACCUCGCCAAGUCGGUUCGGCAGGAGGUGGCAGACAAGUUCAUCAAAGCAGGUAUCAAAGCCGUGUUCUCGGGCCACUAUCACAGGAAUGCUGGGGGCACCUACCAGAACCUCGACAUGGUGGUGUCAUCCGCCAUCGGAUGCCAGCUGGGCAGAGACACACACGGGCUCCGGGCCGUGGUGGUCACCGCCGAGAGGAUCGCUCAUCGGUACUACGGCAUAGAUGAGCUGAGUGAGAAGGGGCUGGGGGAGGAGCUUCUGGAGCUGCUGAAGGGGAAAUGA